AUGCAGGCGCUGGACUUGACCAGGUGCGAGAAGCAGCCGCUUGCUGCCUCGGUGGCUGCAGGCACGGGGGCCACGGUGAUGCCAAGGCUCGCGCCGCUGUCGCCGAACGCCUACGUGGGACCGGCAGGCGCGAGCGGCGCUGGCCUGAGCAGCCUGGCCGCGGCGCAGUCCCUGGUGGCCCAGGCAAACAUCACGCCGGAGCAGCUGCUGCUGGCGGCCCAGCAGCUCGCCGCGCAGCAGCGGCAGCAGCAGCAGCCACCGCCGGCGGCCGGCGGCGGCCAGGGCGCGCCCAGCGCCGGCCUCGCCUCGCUGGAGCCCUCCCGCCGGCGCGGAUCCGCGCGCGAGGCCGCCGUGAGCGUGCGCCACUCCCGCGCGGCCGCUGCCGCACACAACCGCCGGAGGCUCGCGUGA